AUGGCAUCUGAAGAUAUCAACAAUCUCACUGAUCGUUUUGACUCUACUUCAAUUGAGUCACCUGAAGACAUCAGACAAGUUGUCAAUGCUGCACAAAUUGACCCAACUGUUUGCCUCCAAAGGAAUGGUUACACUGUCAUUGGAAAUAUCAUCACUCCAAACACCUUCAGCAGGGGAUUUGCUGAAAAACAAGCCAGAUUAAUUUGGAAAAACAAAGUUGGUAACUUUGAGCUAAGAAGGAAAAGCAAGAAUUUGUUUACUUUCACUUUUGAGUCCAAAGAGGAUUGGAAAUGGGUACUUUCUGAAGCCCCUUGGUGCUUGGAUGGUUUCUUAUGGAUUCUCAAUCCAUGGAAUCCAACCCAUAACCACAGGGAUUUGGUUUUUGAUAAGCAGCAAUUUUGGGUAACUUUCAAAGACUUUCCAGAGGAAUUUCUCAAUGUUUAUGUAGCCAAUGAGAUAGGAGCUGUUUUGGGUGAAGUCAAGGAGUUGGAUUCAGAAGAUGCCAAACCAAUUGAUUCCAAUGAUGUGUCUGCUCUCAUUGAAAUAAAAAUUAAUAAGUCUCUUAUUAGAGGAGUUCUCUCUCAGAAUGCAGCAAACUGUACCCAAUGGAUUCCUUUCUUCUACCAGAAACAACCUCACCAACUAUGCCCAGCUUGUUUCAUCCUUGAUCAUGAUGAUGAUGAUUGCAAGAAUAAGGCAAAGGAAGUUAGAGAUCUUUCUCAACAGUUAUUCGGGUUCCUGGACAAGAUCCCCUACAACAUGACAAGCAAUGAUUACUGGAACAUUGAGGAUGCUCCUACUAGAAUCUCUCCAAAGAAAAGCAGCAAGGCUAAGAAAGCCAAUAUUGUGUUGUUUGUUAGACCUGAGGAUUGCCAUUAUUGCAACUCAGUGUAA